CUGUCUGAGCAGCACUCUCCCCAAAGAAGCAGGUGCCCAGGAAGGCAGAGGAGGAGGAGGAGGACCCAGGAGCAUCCCCUGCUGCAGACAGAGCCCAGGGGAGGAGGAAGGAGCCUGGCAGAGAGAGAGAGGGGGCGAUUGCUGCUGCUGCUGCUGCUGCAGCGCAAGGGAGGCCAGCAGCCCCGCGAGGAAGCAGCCCUGCAGCUCGAGCCCAGAGCCGGCUGCUGCUGCUGCCGUUGAAGCCCCUUCCUUCCUGCCUGCCUGCCCUCCAUCCUUCCUCUUCUUCUGGGGAGAGGCCCGGGAGGCAGCCAUGGGGAAGGAGCCCCAAGCCAGCCCCAAGAAGCCCGGCUGCUGCGGCUGCGGGAGCUUCCUCCGGAACAACUGGCUCCUGCUCAGCACCAUCCUGGCCGUGGUCCUCGGAAUUGGUCUGGGACUUGCUGUCCGGGAAUAUGGUAAACUCUCCAAUCUGGACAAAUUUUACUUCGCAUUUCCAGGAGAAGUUCUGAUGAGAAUGCUCAAGCUCAUUAUAUUACCCUUAAUUAUAUCAAGCAUGAUAACAGGUGUUGCUGCUUUGGACUCCAGUGUUUCUGGAAAGAUUGGCUUGCGGGCAGUUGUAUACUACUUUUUCACAACAGCCCUUGCUGUAAUCCUAGGGAUUGUAUUGGUUGUGACUAUCAAGCCAGGAGUGUCCCAGAAAGCUGAUGAAAUUGACAGAAUGGGCAGCACACCUGAAGUGUCUACAGUGGAUGCCAUGUUAGACUUAAUAAGGAAUAUGUUCCCGGAAAACCUUGUACAAGCCUGUUUUCAACAGUAUAAGACGAAACGUGAAGAAAUAACAAUCACAGAUGAAGGAGACAAAAAUGGCACUGUCCCUACAGGAGAGCCAUUCACCACUAUAAUGACAACAGUGGCUUCACAGAACAAAACUAAAGAAUACAAAAUAGUGGGCAUGUAUUCCGAUGGUAUUAAUGUGCUUGGCUUGAUAGUCUUUUGCCUUGUCUUCGGAAUUGUUAUCGGGAAAAUGGGAGAAAAGGGACAAGUGCUGGUGGACUUUUUCAAUGCACUGAAUGAUGCCACAAUGUAUAUAGUUCAAAUAAUAAUGUGGUAUAUGCCAAUGGGUAUUUUAUUUCUGAUUGCUGGAAAGAUAAUAGAAGUUGAAGACUGGGAAAUUUUUCGCAAAUUGGGUCUUUAUAUGGCCACUGUGCUAAGUGGGCUUGCAAUCCAUUCUGUUGUAAUUCUUCCACUAAUAUACUUAAUCAUAGUCCGGAAAAAUCCAUAUAAGUUUGCCAUGGGGAUGGCUCAAGCACUUUUGACAGCACUCAUGAUUUCUUCGAGUUCGGCCACUUUACCUGUCACCUUUCGCUGUGCAGAAGAAAAAAACCAUGUUGACAAGAGAAUUACUCGAUUUGUUUUACCAGUUGGAGCUACAAUCAACAUGGAUGGUACCGCACUAUAUGAAGCAGUGGCUGCUGUUUUCAUUGCACAGCUGAAUGACUUAGAACUAGAUAUUGGCCAGAUUGUGACCAUUAGCGUAACAGCAACUGCAGCUAGCAUUGGAGCGGCAGGAGUGCCCCAGGCUGGACUAGUUACUAUGGUGAUUGUACUGAGUGCAGUUGGACUUCCUGCCGAAGACGUUACCCUCAUCAUAGCAGUGGAUUGGCUUCUGGAUCGAUUCAGAACAAUGGUGAAUGUUCUUGGUGACGCCUUUGGAACUGGAGUUGUGGAGAAGCUCUCCAAAAAUGAACUGGAGCAGAUGGCCAUCAGCUCUGAAGUCAAUAUAGCGAAUCCUUUUGCCUUGGAAACAACAAUGCUUGACAGUGAGGAAACAGAGACCAAGAAAUCCUAUGUGAAUGGAGCUUUUGCCAUAGAUAAAUCUGACACCAUAUCAUUCACUCAGACAUCACAAUUCUGAAGAUGAUUGACUGACAGGGCACCCACACUGGAUCAAAGGACACUGGAGGUCCCUCGCUGAACCAUGUUCUGGGUCCCUCACACUUCUGACCCCACAUGCUGUGCUUUCUCUUUUGGCUAUAUUCAAGAUGGCACACAAAAGGAAGGCACACAUUCUCGGUCUCACAGCCCUGCCCACCCAUCUCUUCAGCUGCAACAACACAAAGAGCACAGUCAUUUUGCUCCUGUUGUGCAGGCUACCAGUGUUUUAUAUUUCUCCACAACUGGGAACGUGGUCUCUCUUCCUCCCCAGUCACUUGAUGCAGGAGUAGCCAACAUGUUCAAAGCUGUGGAGAUUUCUGUAGGAACCUCAGAACAGAAAUAUGGCCAUAUCCUCAACAUAGAUAGGCUCCCAGACAACACAAAAUUUGGGGACCCAACAGAGGUGAAACCCUACACCAUACUAGGCUGAGAUUAUCCAGCUUCCUCUGACAUCAGCCUUCUCUGAAGGACAUCAUCAUAUAUUAAAUUAUUUAGCAAGCUAAGAGGCUAAGUAUGCUCCUCCUGUGAUAUGGGAAACCUAGAUUUUUUCCUCAGCUCUGAAAUCUUUUGGGGAAAAGAUAGUUGUGGGCAGAUUAAUGAAAAAGAUAAGUUGUAAAAAUGUAUUUUUAAAAAAUUUAUAUCAUAUUCCUGAGGAUUCAAGAUGUCUGCUUGCUUUGAGUAUGCUCAUAAGUUAGGACAAUGAAAUGAAAGAUGUGAUGUUUUCUAGAGCAUAAUUCAGUGUUUUCCAUUCAAAUGUUCUGUGCUCCCACUUUUCUUAUUUGAACAACAUCUUGGACAGUUCUGUAUACAUUUACUGUGUGCCAGACAAGUUCAUGACUAAUUAAAUAGGAAAAGGAGAUGACAAAGGUCCUGCAAUAAAUGUUAAUUUUUUAAAAAUGUAUAUGUACUUUUAAAAGCCAAUAAUUAUGGAAACUGGAAAUAAGUAUAUAAGAAAUUUCAUUAUUAUAUUUUUCUUUCCUAUGAUCAGUUAUAUCAAGGACAUAGCAAGACAUCAAAUACUAAGCCAAUCCCAACAACUUUGCUGCAGCUUUGAAAUACUUAUAACUUAGCUUUCCUCAUUUAUCAGUCCUCAUCUGGAACACGUUUUUGUAAAUAAGCUCCUGUUAGAUUGAAAAUUUGCACUUAAGUACUAUCAAAACACAAACAUUUCUGUAGCAUUAGACAAACCCAGUCUUACACUUUUGUAUUCAAUAUGUAAACCAGGAUAUGUGCCAAAGAGAACUAAAGAAAAUGCAGAUAGCAUAAGUUUUGAUAAACUGCACCUUAAUUUGAAACAGAGACAUAAUACUGUAUGUACUUAAAUACUAUGAGUUAUAAAUGUAGUGUGCAUAUAAAAUGCAAAUGUUGAUAUGUUUAUACAUAAUGAAAGUGUGUACAGUGUAAAUCAGUCCUUUACCUUGGGUACAAUUAUUUUUUAAAAGAACAUUUGUACAGCUUUGCUAUUGCCAGAGAAGAAAAAUGUCCAAAAUCAACCAUGUUUGCUUUUUUCUUUGCAGUUCAGGUUUUUUUUUUUGGGGGGGGGGGGAAGCUGUCCUUUCAUCGCUGUUUGUAUUUUCCCAUUUUCAUCACGAUACAUUGUUCUGACCAUCUUGUCUUCAGUUUACCUUUGCUUCAUAUCUGUGUGUAGAUCAGUACCAGAGAACAGACUCAACACAUUCUGCUCAUCUGUUUCAGUUGUAAAACUAAGAAAGAUGAAUGGUUGGCAAAGCUUCAAUCCAGAGUAGUACUGUAAAAUGUUACAGAGCUGCUCCAGAGUAAAUGAUUUGCGACCGUGACUAACUUCUAACAACUAAACACAAUCUCUUAUUAAACCAAUUUGAUUAUAACGACCUCGCAUUACAGCAAAUGCUGAUAUCUAGAGAAACAGUGAUAGACUGACCAGUCCUGAGGCUAAUGCCACGAAUCUGAAAGUGAACUGCUUUGAAUAGGAGAGGCUCAGAAUUACUUUUGAAAAUCUGCUUUGGCUGUAGCAAACCCAAGCAAUCAACCAUAAAGCUAACAAGUGCUAGUUGUACAAGAAGAAGCAACAGUCUUGUAGCAUCCAUUUUACAAUCUAACUGGGUUGAUUGUUUUAAGUGUACAUAUGUUUAUGUGAACUGCUGGGGGGAGGUUCCUUUGGGGAUCAAAAGGCAACAUAAAAGUGAAAUAAAUAAUACUGCUAUAUCUGUUAUUCUUCUAGAUUUCUCAUGGUUAUGCCCAUGUGGAAUAAAUCGUGUACAGCAUCAUGAACUGUGAUCAACGUUUAUUUUCAUUCUUCCUACUAACUGAGGUACUACAAAAGUACAUGUAAUGGGUCACUCAUCUCCACUGGCUCUGUUCUAAAGAAGCAUGCAACAAGCCCUUGUACCUGAUAGUGCUGUUUAUAUUAUUUCCCUCAACAGCGGCUCCCCUGGAGUAUACUGGUAAUGGCUCCCUUUGUGGAGCAGAAUGGCUACCACUGAGAGAGCAGAAAGUUCUGUUGCUUGAGGAUAAGCACAUGCAGGCGCAGGAAGGGGUUUGCUAAAGCAAAAAUAUUCAUUUCCAUAAGUAACUGGAAAAACAUUUUCAGAUCAUUGAUUAAUGCCAGGUCCUUGGCCAGCAAUCAAAUACAUGAGAUCUAAUCCUGAGUCUUCAGAGGAAUGGACGCAAAACUAAGAGUGCAAUUAUCAUUAAUCUCCAUUGGAUAUAAAUUUAUAUAUGAAUAUUUCAAGUUCUUUAUAUCAAAAUAGCAAUAUCAUAUUCA